AUGAACGACAUGAACAUCCGUAACACAGCCGUUAGGAGAUAUGCGAGCAGAGAGAAGCUCGACCUUGUUCCCCAUGACCCAUCUGAGCCCUUUGGCUCGGGAGAUUUCCCGCCCUUCGAAGACGACUACCAGCCGCGCUCACUCCGGCCCACAGCGGAGGAGUCCAAGCCAGGAAACCCCCAGCUCGAGAUCUUGCAGCCGAUUCGCGGCGGCAGAGACGUUGGCUCCCAGAUAUUGCUCUGCAAGGUCGUCCGCGGAACAGCGGACGGCAACAACGACAACAAGAAGCAUGCACCCUUCCCGAUAUUCGACCCUCGACUCUAUCACAUGCGUGGCGGAUUCGACUUGGCCAAGGAACCACCCUUUGACGAUGCGGCCGUCGCGUAUAGCGAACUCUGCCGCGAGGCCGCAGUGUACCAGUUCUUCUACGAGAAAGGGAAGUCCGGACACCCUUUCAUGAUCGCUCAAUACUACGGCUGCUGUAUCGCCAAUGUCAAGAUGUUCAACGACGCCGCGACUCCGGACACGUGGGUUGGCCUCAUCCUCAUCGAGUACAUUGAAGGCCUUUCAAUUGAGGCCAUGUGCACUCGUGACCACAGUACGGGGUACCUCCAGCCCCCGCUAGGCGAACAUGUUUCACUUCAUAGUGAUCAAAAGGCUGAGGGAAAGGGGCAGACAAAAAUGUUGACACUGAAUCGCCAAGUAUGCUUGGACGCCAUCCAAAGCCUCCUCGGGCAGAUCGUUGUCUGCAUGCAUCUGAGUGUAUCCGUUCCAGACAUCUUUCCCCGUAACAUCUUCCUCACUCUCCGCAACAACGCACUCGAUUUGCAGACUCCCAGGGUCGUCAUGUUGGACCACAGAUUCUCAUCUGUCUGGGAGCACACCCGAGCUAGCAAGGCAGGAUUACCAGCCUACUUUGCCGACCUGAAACUACCUCUCCACCCAUGGGAACAAUUCGGUAUCCGCGGCAAGAUGCGUCAGUUCCUCGGUUGGAUCCCUGAAGAAUGGGACGAUAGGAAACAAUUGCUAGAGACAACGACCCACGGGGCAGCCGCCUCAACUCCAGCAACGGGCCAAGCCUCCAGCGUGCCCGUGACCACCGAGAAGACGGGGAUCGCAAAGUCGUUUGACGACUGGCUCGUGGACUGUUUUGGUCCUUUGGAAGAUAGCAACCCAGACUAUGCCGUAUUCCCAGAGGAUGGUUCUGGCAGUGGCGAGGAAGAUUAA